CAUGGCGCGCACCUGCCCGGCAACACCGGCCGGCUCUAGCACCGCGCUGUACCGGUCUGCGCUGUCCAGCUUCUGUCGCGGGUUGGGCGGGGGCGGGGGCAGGACUGGAGCACACCUGUGCACAUCAUUGUACUGAGCCCCAGGGUGCUGAGCCCCAGGGCACACACGGUCCCUGACCGACUCUGCGGGCAUGGCGUCCCAGGUGUUACAGCUGCUCCGGCAGGGCGUGUGGGCCGCGCUCACAGGGGGCUGGUACCACGACCCCGAGCAUAGCAAAUUCACCAACAGCUGCCACCUCUACCUGUGGCUGUUCCUGCUGCUGCUGCCACUGGCCCUGCACCUGGCUUUUCCUCCAAAUGUCCUCACUGCGCUGUUCUACUGCGGCUUGGUCACCAUCUUCUUUGCAAUCAUCAAGCUCAUCAGCUACCGCCUGCACCUCAUGUUUGAUAAGGGAGAAGUGGUCCAGCACCGAUCUCCCCGAAAGAGAAGCAAGCGAAGGCCAGAGGGAGAGGCCAGCAGUCAGCACACCGCCAGCCACAAACACCCAGGCAACAACAGGCAGAUUCACAGCACAAAGAAGGAGGAACCUCGAGGGAGCCUGCCCACACCACCCCUCCGCUGCAGCUCCCAAGGGCGGAACGUGCACUCCCAGCAUUCCUCACCGUUGGAGUUGCCAGUACAGGAAACAGUAGAAGACCUCAAAGGUGUUGUUCUGUCAGAGGAUCAACCUGAGGCAGUGGUAUCAUCUACCUCACCUGGCAUCAAGUCGGAAAGCCUACCUGCUUCUCAGGGGCAUACACCGGAACCCACUCCCAGACCAGCAGGACCAGUGAAGCCAAUAGCCACAGAGAUCCUCACAAGAAGAAAGGGGAAAGAGCCAGGAGCCACUGGCCAGCGCCCAGCCCGCCACAGGUCUGAGAGUGGCCUGGUGAACACUGAAGCCUUGAAGAAGUUGCCACACCUGUCGUUGUCCCAGUAUGACUUACUAGAAACUGACAUCUCCUUCCAGCCAUGGGGCAGUGAGCACUCCGCUCUGAUUCCACAGACCACCAAUUGUCCCCAGGGCCCCACCAGGACACAAUCACAGAGCAGAUCACCCCAAGACAGCCCGAGCAGCAGCUGCUGUCAGUGCAACACAGUCCUGGCCAAACCCACGGAGGAGGAGGAGCUGACCCGAACAUCUGAUCCGGUGGAACUGCCCUUGAACCAGGAAGUGGUUGACUCUGAUGGCGAGGUUGCAGUAACCCUCAUUGAUACCUCCCAGCCUGGAGAACCGCUGAGUCUGCAUGAGCCCAUUAAGAUAGUUAUCACGAUGAGCAGCACCCCAAACUCCAUGAGUGACCUGGAGAGUUCCCUGCAGCUGAAGGUAACCAGCUCUGACGAAACCAAUGUCAGGCCCGAUACAGAGCCUUCUGGUACAGGAGUGGAGGGUCCUGCAGACGCUGAGCAGGUCAGAGUUCCUUUAAUCACCCUUGAGUUAACUGAGGAUGGAGGAGGGAGAGACAUCUCUUGUCCUGCAAGAAAUGGCGGAGAAAGGGCCCCAGAGAGAAUGGCAAGGAUGCCAUCUGAUCUUUGUUCCGCCUGUGGCUCUGGGGACCAGGAGUGUAGUACCAAGGAUGGCAGUCCCACCCCAAGUUUUGCCAGGGAACCAGGCCCCUCACCCACACCACUCUCACCCAGGGUGGAAGACCAGGCUAACCUUGACCCAGCAUCUUGUAAGAGCAGCCAUGAGAAAAGGCACGCCCGUGUGCUCAGUGUGGACAGUGGGACUGAUGUCUUCUUGAGCCGGAGUACCAAGGAGGUGGUCAGUGACAGCGAGAAACCCAUCCCAACAUCCAAAUCAGACCUGGAAGCCAAGGAAGGACAGAUUCCAAAUGAGUCCAACUUCCUAGAGUUUGUCUCCCUGUUGGAAUCCAUCAAUACAUCCAAAGUGGUGGCCCCCGACUCAGCAGCUGAGCAGAAAGAAGCAAAUCAGGGUCCUGAAGAUCAUGCUGACCCAGGGACCAAGGAGGAAACAGUGGAAAGUGAAAAACCCAGUGGGCAUGAUCCGAAGCCAGGAAAACCAGACUUGCCAAGCCAAGACCAUGCAAUCGCCAGCCCGGUGUUCACACAGCCUGCCAAGACCACAGCACUUUUCCAGGGCAGUCGGCAAAGGCAGAUCAUCUACAGAGUGACUUCCCAACAGGACAGCUCGGUGCUGCAGGUCAUCAGUGGGCCGGAGACAUCUGUGCAGGAGGAAAUGUCUCUGGGUGCCAUGCACGUUUUCAUCGAUGAGCAUGGAGAAAUCAAGUCAUGCUAUUUAAAGUCUGGAAAUCAGAAAGAAGGCUCCUCCCAGCAUCCACCCUCAAACCCUGACUGUAUCUCUCGUGCCAGAGAGAUUCUUCUCAGCUCCUCCAGUACCACCACUUCGGAAAGUCCAGAUCCAUCGUCUGGGGACCCUGCCAUCAGUGCCCUUCAACAGCAGCUGUUACUCAUGGUGGCUCGAAGGACACAGUCAGAAACCCCACGGCACAUGAGUCAGGAUCUGGAAGAUUCAUCACGUUCUUCGGCCCAAGGAAAGUUUAACCGAGAGCAGUUUUACAAAUUCAUCAUUUUCCCUGGGAAGUGGAUUAAAGUCUGGUAUGAUCGACUCACGUUGUUGGCGCUAUUGGAUCGAACUGAAGAUGUGAAGGAAAAUGUAGUGGCAAUUCUGCUGAGUGUUCUGGUUUCCCUCCUGGGCUUUCUGACCCUGAAUCGUGGCUUCUGUAGAGACUUAUGGGUCCUGCUCUUCUGCCUGGUCAUGGCCAGCUGCCAGUACUCCCUGCUCAAGAGCGUCCAGCCUGACCCCGCCUCACCAAUACACGGACACAACCAAAUCAUAGCCUAUAGCAGACCAAUCUAUUUCUGUAUGCUGUGUGGCCUUAUUUUGCUUCUUGAUGCAGGGGCCAAAGCCAGGCACCCUCCCAGCUAUGUCGUAUAUGGCCUGAAGUUCUUCUCACCAGAGACCCUGCAAUCAAUCAGGGACCACUUAAUAGUAUUCUUAUGUUGCUUCCCUGUGAUCUCCCUCCUGGGACUCUUCCCACAAAUCAACACCUUCUGCACCUACCUUCUGGAACAAGUUGACAUGCUGCUGUUUGGAGGGUCAGCUGUUUCCGGAAUCACAUCAGCUGUGUACAGUGUGGGCCGGAGUGUCUUGGUAGCAGCCCUGCUCCAUGCCUUCUGCUUUAGUGCCGUGAAGGAGCCCUGGAGCACACAGCACAUCCCAGCACUGUUUUCAGCCUUCUGUGGCCUGUUGGUUGCACUGUCCUACCAUCUGAGCCGGCAGAGCAGUGACCCAUCAGUGCUCCUGUCCUUCAUUCAGUGCAGAUUGCUUCCUAAAUGUUUACAUCAGAACCUGGAAGAAUCGGCCACAGACCCUCUCCCUCAGAGGAUGAAGGAUUCAGUGAAGGACGUCCUGCGAUCCGAUCUUGUCGUCUGCUCAGCAGCUGCUGUCCUCUCCUUUGCAGUCAGUGCCAGCACUGUCUUCCUGUCCUUACGGCCUUUUCUCAGCAUCGUGCUCUUUGCCCUGGCAGGCACAGUGGGACUCAUCACCCACCACCUGCUCCCUCAGCUCCGAAAGCACCACCCCUGGAUGUGGGUUUCACACCCUGUGCUCAAGAGCAAGGAGUGCCAGCAACGGGAAGCAAGAGAUAUUGCUCAUUUGAUGUGGUUUGAGAGACUCUAUGUAUGGCUCCAGUGUUUUGAAAAAUAUCUCUUGUACCCGGCCAUCGUCCUGAAUGCCCUCACUCUUAAUGCCUUCUCCAUAAGCAACUACAGGAGACUCGGGACCCAUUGGGACAUUUUUCUGAUGAUCAUAGCAGGCAUGAAACUACUGAGAACAUCGUUCUGCAACCCAGUUCACCAGUUUGCUAACUUGGGUUUCACGGUCAUCUUUUUCCACUUUGACUACAAAGACAUUUCUGAGAGCUUCCUCUUGGAUUUCUUCAUGGUGUCCAUUGUAUUCACCAAGCUUGGGGACCUGCUUCACAAACUGCAGUUUGUCCUGGCCUAUGUGGCCCCUUGGCAGAUGGCCUGGGGUUCUUCCUUUCACGUGUUUGCCCAGCUCUUCGCCAUCCCUCACUCGGCCAUGCUUUUCUUCCAGACAUUCGCCACCUCGAUCUUCUCUACACCCCUGAGCCCUUUCCUUGGGAGUGUCAUAUUCAUCACAUCCUACGUCAGGCCAGUGAAAUUCUGGGAGAGAAGCUAUAAUACAAGGCGUGUGGAUAAUUCCAACACAAGAUUGGCUGUGCAAAUGGAAAGGGAUCCAGGGAGUGAUGACAACAACCUUAACUCCAUCUUCUAUGAGCACCUGACACGGACCCUGCAGGAGUCACUCUGUGGAGACCUGGUGCUUGGCCGUUGGGGCAACUACAGCUCUGGUGACUGCUUCAUCUUGGCUUCAGAUGACCUCAACGCCUUCGUCCACCUGAUUGAAAUUGGAAACGGUCUUGUCACCUUUCAACUUCGAGGACUAGAGUUCCGAGGAACCUACUGCCAGCAGAGGGAGGUAGAGGCCAUCAUGGAAGGUGACGAGGAUGACAGAGGCUGCUGCUGCUGCAAACCUGGCCACCUACCACACCUGCUGUCCUGCAAUGCUGCCUUUCACCUGCGCUGGCUCACCUGGGAGAUCACACGCACACAGUACAUCCUGGAGGGUUACCGCAUCAUCGACAACAAUGCAGCCACCAUGCUGCAGGUAUUUGACCUCCGCAGGGUGUUUGUCCGAUACUAUGUCAAGAGUAUAAUAUACUACAUGGUCACUUCACCCAAACUCCUCUCAUGGGUCAAGAACGAGCCCCUGCUGAAGUCCCUACAACCCUUCGCCAAGUGGCAUCACAUCGAGCGUGACCUUGCAAUGUUUAACGUCAACAUCGAUGAUGAUUAUGUCCCAUGUCUCCAGGGGAUCACACGGGCGAGUUACUGCACUGUGUUCCUCGAGUGGAUUCAGUACUGCGCAGGGAAAAGACAGGAGCUCUCCAAGGCCCUGGACCAUGUGGACAGUGAUGAAGACUCACCUCUGGUGACACUUUCCUUUGCCCUGUGCAUUCUGGGAAGGCGAGCUCUGGGAACAGCAGCACACAAUAUGGCCAUGAGCCUGGAUUCCUUUCUCUACGGGCUGCAUGCCCUCUUCAAAGGUGACUUUCGGAUCACAGCUCGAGAUGAGUGGGUAUUUGCCGACAUGGACCUGCUGCACAAAGUUGUCGUUCCAGCCAUCCGGAUGUCCCUGAAACUGCACCAGGACCAGUUCACCUGCCCCGAUGAGUAUGAAGACCCAGCUGUUCUCUAUGAGGCCAUUCAGUCCUUUGAGAAGAAGGUAGUGAUCUGCCACGAGGGAGACCCAGCCUGGAGGGGCGCAGUGCUGUCCAACAAGGAGGAGCUGCUGACCCUGAGGCACGUGGUGGAUGAGGGUGCUGACGAGUACAAGGUCAUCAUGCUCCACAGGGGUUUCCUGAGCUUCAAGGUCAUCAAGGUGAAUAAGGAAUGUGUUCGAGGACUCUGGGCAGGGCAGCAGCAGGAACUCAUCUUCCUGCGUAACCGCAACCCAGAGCGUGGAAGCAUCCAGAACAACAAACAAGUCCUGCGCAAUCUCAUCAACUCCUCCUGCGACCAGCCACUGGGGUACCCUAUGUAUGUCUCCCCGUUGACCACAUCCUACCUGGGGACCCACAAGCAGCUGCAGAGUGUCUGGGGUGGACCUGUCACACUGAACCGUAUGAGGACAUGGUUCCAGACCAGGUGGCUGAGAAUGAGAAAGGACUGCAGUGUGGGCCAGAGGAGUGGCGGCAACAUUGAAGACGUAGAUGGUGGAGCAGUACCAUCAGCAGUUGGCAGUAACGCCCCUAGUGGAGAAAGCCGGGACAGCAGCACAGAACAACCCAGGAAAGGAGGCACCCAGCAAUGGGCCUCACCCCGUGGAGGGGGCCAUAGGGCAGGCGGUCCUCUGCUUCUUCUUGCAUGCCAACAUUCCAAGGCAGAAAGAAUGAGGUGGAAGGAGGUAUGCAGGAUGAGCAGAGGAAGGGAUGAGCUGAGUCUGAACCUCAGAGCCCUACUCUCCUAACCACGGAAUGCACUAUACCAGAUGGACAAGGUUCUGAUGCUGGCUGAGGAAGGAGGGGCCAUGGGCUCGAAGAGGACACCGCCUUGGGAGACAGAGGCUCUGGCCUGGUUCCUGGCGCUCCAUGGCUGUGCCCUGGGCAAUCUGUCAGUGUUUUCAUCCUUUGCUCUCAGCUUCUCUCUCUUCAACUUCUGAGAACAUUUACCAAGCACCUCUGUGCAUGCUUCCCAGCAGCUCUGGACCAGAGGGGCCAGGAGGGCAGUGCCUACCUCCCGAGAGUGCCCAGAGCAAGGCGGGGAUGGGGAUGUCAUGCUUUGUUCAAGACCUAGGCUAUGGCAGUGGGGUCCCUGCCACUUACCACCAGACCCACAGGUGGGAGGUGCAGGAAUGAUGAGGACCUUGUUGGUGCAAGAUACUUAAAAAGCUAAACUGGGCCUUUAUUUUUCAUUAUUGCUUUUUAAAACUCUUCUACUAAGUCCAGCCCAGCUCUGAACUUAGGAGCACGCUGGCAAACUAACCUGGAGCCUGCGCUCCCAGCCCUUGAACCUAAUCCUCAGCGAGGGUCUCCUAGCCCUGACCCAGCUUGUAGUGCCCCCCCCCACUCAUUCUGCAUCCCAUGUGGCCACUGCACCCGGCUGCAGAGCCUGUUGGCACAGUGCUGCUCCUGAGACACCACCCGAGCGCUGUGCUCACACAAGUUCCCUUACACUCCCCAUGGCUCUAAGCCCUUAGGGGUGCUCUGUCUUCCCUUCCCAGAUGGGGAUACAGGGGCACAGAAAAGACAGGUCAUUGCCCCCAGGGUACCCAGUUAGUGAAAAGCCAACCUGGCUUUCAGAUGAGGAAGGACAGCCCCUGAAACUGCCAUCCUACCCACUGUGGAUUCCCGUCGGCUGCUACUCUGUCCCAGCCCUGAGAGCACUGAACCCCAGGACACCUGCACACUCCCAGCCUUCCAUCUGUAUCUCUGGCUACAUCCCCACCAGCCACAGCCUUGUGCUGUCCCCUGGCUGGCAAGGGGCCCACUUGCCAAUGAUCUUCCUUCUGUUGGGUAGAACUGACACUUUAUUCCUCCUGAGGUAGUCCCUUCCCCUCUGUGGGCAGGGACAGGGACAGGGGCAAGAUAGGUAGCCAGGAUCCCUCCCUAUCCUAACAGAAUGAUAUGCCAAAGGGAAGUAGGCACGACAGCUGAGCAAGACAUCCAAGCAGAACCUGAGCCCGUGCCCAGCAGACUGGGAGAAGAAACGAGAGAGACAUGCCCCUCUCCCAGUCAGAAAGAAGAGUUGCUGGCUGUGGUUCUCGUUUACCUUCCGUCACCCUCCAUGUCACAAGGUCAUAAUCCUCUCAGAGCAGCCCUAGUGACUAACUCGGGGCAUAGAGUCCAUCAUGGUGAGGAAGGCGUGGCGCCUGGCGCAGGCUCAGUGUGCAGAUGAGAUUCCAACAUUGGUCAUCACAGUAGUGGACUGUGCUCAGAGGGAGGCAUGGAUGGACUAUUAGUGGCACACUUCUUCCAGGGAGGCACCUCCACCCAAAAGUUUCACAGUCUCCUAAAACAGUACCACCGACUGGAUGCCACACAUGAGCUUGGGGGAGGCAGUUCUCAUUCAAACCACAAGUUCUGGUUGUCAUGUGAUAGCUAGGCAUGAGGUCACUCAAGGGCGGGGGACCUGCCUCUGGGAAGGGCGAGGUAGAAGGACUCACUCAGCGGUAGAGUUCUAACAGGACCUUCUACCACUCCUGACUGACAGACUCACCUCCCAUGUGCCACCUCUGGUGACUGAGCUCAGCCCCCAUGACUGCCCCAUCCUGUCUUUACUCCUGGCCUUGGUUCCCAUCAUUCAUUCCAGCUCUGGUCCUUUGCUGGAAACCCAGAGGACUGGUGGUGUCUGGCCACCCCAGGCCACCACACUGAGCAGCCACUGCUAGCUUGCUGGAUAUUUCACACUCACACUCACUUCCAGGAGCUCCAUGUGCCAACCUCACAAGGUUCCCAACAACCCACAGUCAUCUCAUCGUACUAAACAGUAAAUGCCACAGCCAAGCAGAUUUGGUCUAGCUGUGAGUCUGGUGACCUACUUACCACAAGUGGAUAGAAACCCAUCGUUAGUCUGAAUCCCACACCAGAGAGAAGGGUCACUGUCUUAUAUCACUAAGGGCUCUCACUACAACCUUCCAGCUAAUCAUCAAAGACAAAGAAAAAAUAAUGAACCAAGGAGCAUAAUUUAUAUUAUGUUUUCAUUCGGGUCUGAAGGUUUUCCCUAGAAAUGCUCAUGAUUUGAUAAUGCAGUCAUAGGAAAAAUAAGUUAAUUGUAAAAUAAUGAGUCUGAACACAGAUGAUUUUAACACAGCUUGCUUGGUACUGUUUAAUUUGUAAAAUUAAAAUUGAAAAAAUAGGAGCAACAAAAAAACUGAAAGACUGGGGUAUAAUUGAGGCGAUGGUUGAGUCUGUACAAUGCUUGCUGCAUACACCAGGAGACCUGAGUUCAUAUUGUCAGCAUCCAUGUAAAAGCUGGGAGCAACAGCAGUCCAUAAUCCCAGCACUGAGAGUGGGGUAGAGAAAAAGAUUCCUGGGGUUCAUUGCUUAAUUUGCAGCUCCAAGUUCAGAGAGAGACCAUGCUCAAAACACAUAGACUAGAGAGCAAUAGAGGAUGGCACCUAAUGUCAGCCUCUGGCCCCACACACACAAAGGCACACAUUUGUGAGCAUGCACGAGCACGCACCGUGCGCGCACGCGCGUGCAAACACACACACACACACACACAGAGUAGCUGGAGCUUCAAAAUUGGGGCAGUCUCUUGUCUUUCAUGGAAACUGUAUUGCUAGCUCUCUUUUGAUGCUCUGUGGGCAUCUCUGCUGGUAUUCUUGGGAUUGGCAGAAGGCCCUACCUAGUGCAGGUGGAGAACACUGACUUGUGGGUGGAUGGAUAUGGAGGGUUUUAGACAGAGAUCAGCUUUGGAAAUCACAGAAAUUUGGCCUUUCCAGAAUCCAAAUAAACAAGUCAUGACCCUUUCUCAUAAUGUUGAUUCCUUGGGGUCUUCCCCCCCCCUUAUAUCUGACUGCCUUCUCAGUAGGGACCUUCAGGCCCAAGGCCAUUCCCAUGCCCAAGACAGAGAGGCUCCAGGUCACUCAGGCCAGAGAAGCCAGAACCAGUUCUGGGUACCCCAUGCAGCGCCUCAAGCUGAGACUUCCAUUUUCACAACCCAUAGGUAGAAGAAACCCAUGAACACCCUUUGGAAAUGAUCACACUAUCAUCACUGUGUCCAAAAUGAUGCCAGUAAGAAGCGAAACUUAUAUGACCAGCUCCCACCUUGUUCCAGUCUCUCUGGGUGGACUUGGCUUUCUUGAGCACAGGCAGAGCAAAUACCCAUACACCACACAGAUAAUGGUAUACCUGGCCAUCUAUGGCAAUAUAAUAUUCUGUUUUUAAGAUCUUAAUUGGUCCACAUUUUUGAGGCACAGAAUGAAACUCUGAUGUGUGUCUACACUGGAAAGUGAUUAAAUCAGGGUAACUAGUAUUUGCAGCCCCUCCCACAUCCGCCACUUCAAUGUCAGGCACCUUUAGGCUAUUCUGUCUAGCUGCUUUGAGGUGUUACAAUGCUGUACUGUAGUAUUAUUGAAGCCCAGCACACAUUCUCCUCUCUUGGUUUGGUAUUGGUUUCCAGGACAGCUAAAGACAACGGUCAUAUACAUCAUUUAAGAUUUCAUUAGAGUCUGGGAGGAUGAUGUGGUAAUUUGAAUGUAAUUGGCCCUCAUAAACUCACAGGGAGUGGCACUAUUGGGAGGCACGGCUUUGUUAGAGUAGAUAUGGCCUUGUUGGAGGAAGUGUGUCACUGUGGGGGUGGGCUUUGAGGUCUCCUAUGCUCAAGCUAUGUUCAGUGUAUACUCAGUUUGCUUCCCAUUGCCUGUGGGUCAAGAUGUAAACCUCUCAACUCCUUCUCCAUCGGCAUGUCUGCCUGUAUACCCCCAUGCCAUGUCAGGCCAUGAAUAAAUGAACUAAACCUCUGAAACUGUAAGCCAGCCCCAAUUAAAUGUUUUCCUUUAUAAGA